AUGACUGACAGAAUCCCGAGGGACUGUUCACAAUGGAUCUCCCUGGCACAAUCUCUCAAUGUGUCAACCACUCAUUUCGCGGAUCUACAACCAUUUCAUUCAGCCUCGAAACUGGCCCAGACCCAGUUCAUCUUGAUGCGAACUCUGUGGCCAGCAAAGGUUCUCGCCAGCGAAUUCAGCCUCCCUCUCAACGACAAGGCAAAGUCCGCAGCUUCUCGAUUUCUGAGAAAUUUUACUGCGUUCCAAAAGUACAUUGCGUGUAUUGGAAACUCCAAAGCAGAUAUCAGCAACCCGAAUCUGGGUGCUUUCGGUCUUGUUCUUGACUCACAACGUCAGAUUACAAGUGAAUUGGUUGGCCCCCGGCCUACUCACGAAUCGUCCUCGCCGCCGCCGAUCAAGAAGCGGUUUAUAACAAAGGACGAGCAAAUUGUCAACGACGCUCUCUUGCUAUUACUGAGAGCACUUACAAUCACAAUCCCCAACGCUCAGUGCAAAUGUUCCUCUGCGCGCGCCCCAUUCGACCCGGUUCGCUUUGGUACAAACACGACGACCGCACACAAUGACGGCUAUCUACAGGGCAUCAACGUUGAACAGCAAGUCAUAUGUCCCAAAUCUAAUCCAAAAACAUAUAAUGGAGUAUACCCUAUCCUCCUCCCAACAUUAGACUCCCACUUCACCAUCUUUCUAUGUCAUAUCUACAUACCCCGAACCCCCAAAAGAUAA